UUGCCUUUCUUUAGAUGAAAGCAAGACGUUGGCUCCUCGAAUCUCAUCGAUGACUCUGAUGAAGCCAAGUGAUUUUUUUUCCAACUGCCUCUCAUUUUUGCUUUGAUCAACCAGUCAAUGCAAGGUUGCACUUCCUGGUCCCCUUUGGUCAAUCAGCAGGUCAGUCACAGCUGGCCCAUGGAGGAAAGAACAGACAGUCCAACAGCUGUGAGGGUGGAGGAGCAUUCGCAGUGUGUCAUCCUGACUUACUUCAAGGGGGACAUCAACAGCAUGGUGGACGCUCACUUCAGCCGCGCUCUCAGCAAAGUCUGCAAAGCCAAGGCACCUGCAGCCAAAGCAAAGAAAAUCCGUAAAACUAUUAAACUGGAGGACGCCGGUUCCUGUCAGGGCAGUGCUACUGAGUGUUACUCAGAGUCGCAGGUCCCCCCGGUACCUGGACGCCUCCUCACCUUCAGCUCUGCAGAUGACACCCCCGGCUCCUGGCACUCUUUCACUGCCAGGACAGGGGAGGGUCCAGGCCUGCAGUCCAUCACGUACUCCUUGUCUCCAGAGGGGCUGAGUCUUACUGGACAGCAAUAUGCCUCGUCCCUGCUCAACCUCCUGCACAGCGACCGGGGGGAGAUGGGACCCAGCAUUGCCUCCAGCUCCAAGCCAGAACUGCUUCCCAGCUGGACAGUGCCUCCAGGGUUCAGAGAGUCUGUGGACCCUGCUGUGGGCUUUGACCCUGGACGGCGUCUGGACAAGAAGGACUUGUACUGGUACUGAGGGGGAAACUACGUGAGCAGCAGAGAUCGACGUCACCACGUACCUGCGGCUCUGCAAAGCCUCCCGCCUUUCUGUUCACGCCGGUAGCCUGUCUUUUUUUAGCCAUCAAACGGACCUCUGAGUGUCAUCUGAGAAAGCAGUCGGCAGUGUUUCUAUAUCCUGCCACCCUCUCUCCGUUCCUCAGAAAAAAAAAUGACCUCAGUACCUCAGCAUGUACUAACUGGAACAACCUCUCUAAAAGGGAACACUCUCUGACAAACCGGUUCCUCCACUCCGUCAUUCUUCUUGUAGAUCUCAGGGCCCUGGGUUUGUUGUUGCUCCCUCUGCGGUGGAGUUGGACGAAGGGCAUUUUCCUGUGCCUUUAUCAGGCAAUUAUCUUAUACUUGUACAUAGUCCAGUAUUAGGUGUGAACAUUUUGAGCCUCUUGUGUGUACAAAUACUAUUGUUAUAGAUUAUUAAUAUGUUUACAAUUCAUGAGUUUUGGUUGGAUGUUUUGUAUGUACAUAUGAACCAAAACAAUGAAGGACAGUGAUGUUAGGGUAAUGACUUGUUUUCUUUGUCAUGUACUGUAAAAACAAGUGAAUUAUGUACACUCUUAAAUAAAGAUAUGAGCACAUA